AUGUCGUAUCUAGCACGAUUCAGGCGACAAACUACCACUACUCAGCCAUCACCCUCUGUGACUCUCAUGAGUCCUACGUUUCAUGGAGGAGCUGCUACUACACCUACACGGCGCAACCAGUUGCCCCCGUCAUCACCAUUGUCACCAUGCCAAGGUAGCCUCAUACGACCGCGCACAAACUCAUUGGAAACCGAGCAGCAAGAAGUCAAGAGAUUGAAGACAUAUGCUGCCGAAGUCUGCAGGAGCAAAGGGUUACCUGAAAACAGCUUAGAGGAAUUUGCUACUCUCAUGGCUGAAUUGUCGUGCUUUCAUAAGAAGGUUCAAGCAGCUGAAGCAGCCAAGGUGCUCGAAUCACUGGACUUUGAGAAAAAUCCAUCGGUCUUCAAAAUCUCUGUGGAAGCACUGCAGGACUCUGAUGCUAUGGAUCGGCUUGAUGUACUGAUGAAGAAGAUACUGACAGCACAGCGGGGAAAUAUGAAACAGAAGCUUAUUGCAUCAAUCGAGAAACGCUCAGAUCUAAGCACACUGGCCCGCAGUCUUGCAGGCAACUGCACAGAGCUCACAAUGGCGCACUGGGCCCGGAUCGCAUUCAUGAAGACCACUAACGCUCAACUCGAAGAAGCAUCAACAGGUCCGAGUCUGCAGCCCCAGACUGACGAAGGUGGUGACAAUAAUAUACCAAUUGGUACUACUGCCAGUGCGAGCCAUGAACUUGGAGAGGAUGGGGAGGAUGAUAAUGACAAUGAGGAGGAGCGCACCUGGUCUUUUAGCCAGUAUUGGGAGUACCUUGAUAAGGUUCUUGACGAGCUUAAAGAGGAGGCUCGACAAAAGCAUGCGUUUCCUCAAGCACGCGCUGAUUAUAUCAAACAAUUUUUCACCAAAUGUCUUCAGCAAGACCUCCAGAUAUUCCCUGGUGGCGGUUCAUUAGCUCCAAGUUUGGAUUCGGUCACUGUUGGUUGGCAAAGAGCGAUCCAUGAAAAGUUGAUGUGGUAGUCUACUACUUACAUACAUAUUCUCGUUGUCUUUGCCUGUAAUUCCCUCGCACACUGUUUAAUGCCAU